AACAAUUUCCAAAAAAAAAGGAGGUUAGUUUUGUGUUUGACUUUGAGUUCUAGGUCAAUUUUGCAAAAAGCCCAUAAAUAUAAGUCAACAAACUUUUGUAACGGUAUCCAAUUUCCGUGAUAUUUUUCUCGGAAAGAAAACAAAUAUAUCUAUAUAUAUAUAAAGAUGUUGGUGACCCUCCUGUGAUGCCACGUGGAAAGUCGUGCAUCCUAGAAGCGACACAUAUCCCCUUUCACAAAAACGAUGCGUUUCAUUUAUUUUUGUUUGUGUUCCGUCUGUGUUUUCGUUUUUUCUGUUGUCAUUAUUUUAGUUUAUAAAGUCCAGUCCACUAAGAGUUAACUCCAAAUGUAUAUUCGAGACUUAUACAUAUUGGGCUACUUUGUUAAAUUGGGUCAAAUUCUAAUCUUAACAAAAUAAUAAAGUAGAAAAUAUAAAACGAUUUUAAAUCAUUAAAAUAUUACAGACGAAAAUAAACAGAAAUUAUAAUAAAUCUAAAUAUAGAAUACUUAUGUCGGUAAAAGAAGAUAUGACAAUAAUGGCGAUGGUGGAAGAAAUGACAACGGUGGUGGCCGGAACAAAUGACAGUGCUCAGUUGCAAAUAUGGUAAAUGUAAACAGCGUCGGUGGUGAUGUGUAAAUGGUUCUCCACGUUCUUCUCCAAGAAGUCAGAUCUGAAACAUGCAAAUGAAAAGGAAAAAAUAAGUCAAGGAUAGAAAAAAGGCGAAGACAAGAAAAUGAGUGUGUUGGGAAGAAAAGAAGUCAAAGAUCCCAGAAGUUAACGCAACUAUUAGAUUUAAAAGCAAAGGAUGUAUGAUCAAUGAAAGAAAAGAAACAAUAUAUUAAAAGAAGUUAAAGUAAACUUCAAAGCAUAAAGAAAAAUUUGAAUUUUUUUCAAAAAAAAAAGAUCUGAAGAAGUUAAGAAAAGAUCUGAAGAAAUUGAAAAAAUAAAAUUGCAGGAGUCGAAAAGAAAGCGAAGAAGAAAAUAAAAACAAAUUAAGGAAGAAGAACGAUUUGAUGAAUAAAUCUAUCUUUUCCUUUUUUUGGUAACUGGAAUAAAUUUAUCAUACAAUAAAACCACUUUAUAACAAAUAUUUUAUAAAACUAAUAAUAUUUUAUAAGAAAAUAUUAAAUCGAGUAUUUUAUGAAACGAACUACGUGUCAUCUUUUAUAAGUUUUGUAUGUCGAGGGAUUGGUGAACAAAUAUCGUCUCAGUGAAUAUUGUCUCAGUGGCCCAAUAAAAGUCUCUAACUAACACAUACAAAUAGUAAUCUUUGCUAAGAGAAUAAUAUUAACUUUUAAAAUGAAUUAGUAGUAUAACACAUAAUAUAUCUUAUAACCGUUAUAAAUUUUUAUAUAGCAGUAUAACAUAAGAUCUAUAAAUUUAUAAAUGUUUUCAUUAUGAUUUUAUCACAUCUAAAUAAUGAAAUGUAAUAAUAUAAUCUAUACUAAUACCAAAUAUUUUGUAAACCAAUUCAUUUUAUUUUAGCUUGUAGGAAACUCACUAUUCGCUAAGGUAUGUGGCAUACCGAAAUCUAACUAGUUAUUAAAAACACAAAAGGAAUAAAAAGUACUUUAACAAAAAAAAGUAAGCAGGAAGAAAUUUGUUGUGCUAUUUAAUAUAUACGUAUAAUACAAAUUUUUCAUGUAUACCAUAUGUUUAUAUGACAAAAAAUAUAUUAUAGAUUAAAUGGUUUGUUUAAAGUUUAGCACAAUGAGAUUGGUUAGUCUUGAAUCAAUAUGUUUAAAAGAAAAUCUAUACGAGAAACUAAAAGUCUCAAUUCAUUCAAAAACAAAAGAAAAGACGUAAUGGAGUAACAAAGUAGUCAAUGUAGUCUAACUUUCAUUAUAGAUAUAAUAAACUAAACAUUUUAAAUGUAAUUUACGACUUAAUUUAUUUUUAACAGUUUUUUAUUUGGUUACCCAAGGCUUUUGCUUCGGGUACCAGUUUUAUAGGAUAUAUGAGCAACAUGACACUGAUUAGUGAGUUAUAUUUUUAACUGAGAUUUCAAGAUUCAUCAUCUUUAGUAUUUUGUCAUCAUCUGGUGUAGCUUCUAACUCAAUGGAAUCAGAGCUUAAAUACACUUUAGCAUUUGAUGGGACUUUGGAGAGGAGAUAGGCGUUCACCUCAUGCACAAUAUUAUUUGUAGGUGUCAAGACAACUCUCUCUUUUAAGUACUACUUGCUUCGAUAGUUCUGGAGGAAGUUAGGAUAUGCAGCAUCUGCUAAUGCUUCAUGCGGAGUUUCAGAGUUAGAUAUCAGUCAUAAAUUCACUAAAUAUCAUUCUGAUUUCGUUUACAGAAACUAACCACACCAUUGCUCUGCACUGCUGACUUAGAACACCUUAUGACUCACAGUGACAGCAACCAGCGUAUAUACAGGGCCGCGGAGACACAUAGGGUUAGUAUCAAUUUGGAUACGUUCUUCUGCUAUCUCUGGUCCGAUUUAAAAAAAAAUACAUUGACUAAAUCACUUUCAUCGCAGGAACAACAGCCAAUCUGAUGUCCAACCCUUCUGAGCUUUAUACGAAGACAUCGUUUUCAGAAAUACAAAUACUAAUAGUUUGAGACCCUUUACUCUGUUAUUUAAUAGUUGGUUUCAAAUACAGAGUCCCUAAUAUGUAUUUAGUGUGUUAAUUAGAUGUUAAUAUUUAUGUUUUACUAUUAUUUCAUCUUUUUUUUAUAAUAUCUAACAAUUUUCUCUCAAAUUAUUUAGAUAAAUUAAAUAAUGGAAAAAUUCAAAUAAUUUAUAAAAAAACGAAAAUAUAUAUAAUCUUUUGGAUUAAAAGAUGACAAAUUAUGAAACUAUAACAAUUUAAAUCAAAUUAUAUUACAUAUUGGCCAUCUAUCGGUUCAAUCGAUUUAGUUUCGGGUUUUCGUGAUUUUUUAAAUAUGGAUAUUUUUAGAAACCUAAAUUGAAUUAUCGAACCACCGGAUUAAUCGGUUUGACCGUGGGUUCGGAUCAAAUUUAAAAACACUGAUUUAAAUGCAAAAAUAUUUUAAAUACAAAAAUUCUUAAAAAUUAAUAAAAUAUUUAUUAAGAUGUAGAAUUUGUCAUCAUAAAAUAUUCAGCGCUUGCAAAACGCAAAAUCUGGCUUACAUUAUUUUCAAAUUAUCAUCCUGCCCGUAGGGCGGGCCGGCCCUAGUAUGUAUAUAUAUAUAUAUAUAUAUAUAUAGUAACUGAUUUUGUUAUUGACAUAGAAUUAGUAAUUUAAAAAAAGAGUACAAACUAGUAAUUCUAGUAUGGUUAUUUUAAAAGGAACUUUAUUUAAAUGUCAUGAAAAAAUAAUGGAAAUUUGUUCAGGAAAUGGUUGGAAGUAAAGAUCAUGCAACAAUUCUAAGAAGAAACCUUAAAGAUGGAGACAUACUUGUAUGUUUCUACAGCUUAUGACCGACAGAAACAUAGAAGACAGUGAUAUUGAAUCUGCUCGAAAGCUUAUUGAAGUUGUUUUCCAGAAUUGCAAAGGGCAGGUGGAUCAAUGGGUUGAACCAUAUCUGCGGCUCACGAUUGAUCGGUUACAACGAGCAGAGACUUCGUAUGUAAAAUCUCUUCUUAUUCAAGUGGUGGCAAACAUGCUUUACUACAAUCCAGGUUUGACGCUUGGUGUAUUGCACAACACGGGACUUGCUUCAACAGUAUUUGAUCUUUGGUUCCAGAUGUUGCAACAAAAAAGAAAGAAUGGCCUGCCAGCAAAUUUCAAAAGGGAACACGGUAAAAAGGUUUGCUGCUUGGGUUUGACUUCGUUACUUGCUCUCCCGGCUGGUCAAUGCCCCGAGGAAGAGCGGCAGCUUGUUUUCAGGGCAACACUUGAUCUUCUAGUAGCAUAUAAGAAUCAGAUAGCUGCAGCAAAGGAGACGGAAGUAGAUUAUGAGAAUGAGUGGAAUGGACUCGAGAGUAAUGAAGACGAUGAUGAUGAUGGGUCUGAUGGGGAAAUGGGGAUGGAUGAUAUCGAGGACGGAGAUGAAGAUGAUGAUGAAGUUAAUAUCUCUCGCUCUCCGUCUCGAGCUCUCUCAGCUCUCUUCUCAGAUUCUGUUAGAGUAUGUUUAAUCGGGGUUCUUAGGAUAUGAUUCUUUGCGGAACAUAAGAACCCGUCUCUUAACUUUUAACUAAAAAAACUAAACCGGUUCUUAGCUUUUUUAGUUAAAAGUUAAGAGACGGGUUCUUAUAUUCCGCUAAGAACCUCCAUUAAACAUGCUCUUACAGAUUUCUCGUUGUAACUAUUCGUAAAGAUGAUGACGAUGAAGUUUUAAUAUCUUCAGCUCCAGAUCAAUUACACUUUUGACCUUGCUUCCAUUUAAUCAAAGACUCCAACUCACGUGACUUCCUCAUGGCAACUAGAAACUUGAGUGAAACCUUUCCUUUGAACGAGAGUCUUCAUUUACUUGGCAUUCUCAAAUCAGAUGACACAAACCAACACUUAUUACUGCACACAUUGUGUCUUGUCUUUUUGGGAUGUUUUAGAUUUUUAGGAAAAAUUAUAUUGAACUUUUGAUCUCAUACAGAGAUCAGCGGGAAAAGUGUCAAUUUCGACCCCAACAAUUUAGGUCGUGCCAAAAACGACCCGAACAAUUGAUCAGUGCCAAAUACGACCUCAACUCAAUUAUAAUUCGAAAAAACUACCCAAACUUCUUAAAACAUGCUCAAAUCUACAUUGACUCUAACAAAAGUUAGUCAAUCGUUAACAAGAUAAAACGACGUCGUUUUGAUAUACGAGGAAAUGUGCCAAUUUUGACCCCA